UUAUGCCACUAGUUAUUUAAUCCUGUUUGCCUUACUUAACUUCCUCAUCUGUAAAAUGAACUGGAGAAGGAAAUAGAAAACUAGCAUCUUUGCCAAGAAAACUCCAAAUGGAGUCAUGAAGAGAUAUGACUGAAAAUGACUGAACAACAACAACUACAUCUCCAUCUCCUAUCAGAGCAAUCCAUGAAGGCCGAAUGACCUCCAAGACUCUGGUUUUUCAAGACCUGCAGGAAAUGAGUUGUCACCCUGGCUGAGUCCAGUUUUCAGCAGUGUAGGAGGCUCUGGUGUGGUGAGCCAACGCCAGGGAAUGAGCAUCUCUCCUGCUCCCUUGGCAGACCUCCGAGAAGGCACUGGCUGAAGGCAUUCUCACUGGCUCUACAUCACUUCCUGAUUCCAGUCACCCACCUCCAGGAAUGAAGGGAACAACAAAUCUGUCGACCCUGGCCCUCUGGCACUCUGGAGUGAUCAGGAGCAGAGAGAGGCUGGGGGUUGGUGAUAAGCCCAUUGAUUCGUAUUGCUACAGCACUGCCAACAGCAGCACCGUACUCCAGGGAGUGACCUUUGGUGGAGUUCCUACUGUCCUGCUCAUAGACGUCAGCUGCUUUUUGUUUUUAAUAGUUGUGUUUUCCAUAAUUCGAAGAAGAUUUUGGGACUAUGGCCGCAUCGCACUGGUGUCAGAGAAAGACAGCGAGUCCAGAUACCAGAGGCUGUCUUCCUCUUCCUCGGGGCAUCACGACUACGAAUCAGAUCUGGGGUGUUGUUCAUGGCUAACUGCUGUUUUCCGAAUGCAAGAUGAACAGAUCCAGGAAUGGUGUGGAGACGACGCCAUACACUACCUGUCCUUCCAACGCCAUAUCAUCUUCCUUCUAGUGGUGAUCAGCUUCCUGUCUCUGUGUAUCAUCCUGCCUGUCAAUCUCUCGGGUGAUUUACUGGACAAAGAUCCUUAUAGUUUUGGGAGGACAACAAUAGCAAAUCUACAGGUUGGAAAUAACUUGCUCUGGCUGCACACCAUCUUUGCUGUCAUCUACCUCCUGCUGACCAUUGGCUUCAUGAGACACCACACCCAAUCCAUCAAAUACAAAAAGGAAAACCUGGUGAGACGUACUCUGUUUAUCACAGGACUCCCCAAAAACACCAGGAAAGAGGUGUUAGAGAGCCACUUCAGAGAUGCCUAUCCCACCUGUACUGUAGUUGAGGUCCAACUAUGCUACGAUGUCGCCAAGCUAAUUUAUUUGUGUAAUGAAAGGAAAAAAGCUGAGAAAAGCCUGAACUAUUACACCAACCUGCAGACAAAAACUGGUGAACGCACACUCAUCAACCCCAAGCCUUGUGGCCAGUUCUGUUUCUGUGAAAUCCAAGGGUGUGAGAAGGAAGAUGCCAUCACUUACUAUGCUCGGAUGAAAGACAGGCUGCUGCAAAGGUUAUCACAAGAGGAACACACGGUUCAGGAUCACCCCUUGGGAAUGGCCUUUGUCACCUUCCAGGAGUCCUCCAUGGCAAACUUCAUCCUCAAGGAUUUCAAUGCUUGCAAGUGUCAGGGAUGCCGAUGCAAAGGUGACCCUCAGCCCUCAUCCUACAGCAAAGAACUUGGCCCUUCCAACUGGACUGUUGCCUUUGCUACCUAUCCUGAGGACAUUUGCUGGAAGAAUCUUUCUAUUCAGGGUCUCCGAUGGUGGUUCCAGUGGUCAGGCAUCAAUUUCAUCCUCUCAGUGGUAUUGUUCUUCCUUACCACUCCUUCGAUCAUUCUCUCCACAAUGGAUAAGUUCAAUGUCACCAAACCCAUUCAUGCCCUAAAUGACCCAAUAAUCAGUCAGUUCUUCCCAACACUCCUCCUGUGGUCCUUCUCUGCACUGCUGCCUUCCAUAGUCUACUACUCAACACUGCUGGAGUCACACUGGACCAAGUCAGGAGAGAAUAGAAUAAUGAUGAUCAAGGUGUACAUUUUCCUGAUCUUCAUGGUGCUGAUCCUCCCCUCUCUGGGUCUUACCAGUCUGGAUUUUUUCUUCCGGUGGCUAUUUGACAAGGCAUCCUCUGAAACCUCAAUCAGAUUAGAGUGUGUCUUCUUGCCUGACCAAGGAGCCUUCUUUGUGAACUAUGUCAUCGCCUCAGCCUUCAUCGGCAACGGCAUGGAGCUCCUUCGGCUGCCUGGCCUCAUUCUCUAUACCAUCCGGAUGAUCAUGGCCAAGACAGCUGCUGACCGAAGGAACCUCAAACAGCAACAGGCAUUUGAGUAUGAGUUUGGAGCUAUGUAUGCAUGGAUGCUAUGUGUUUUCACUGUCAUCAUGGCCUACAGUAUUACCUGCCCCAUCAUUGUCCCUUUUGGUCUUAUCUACAUCCUCCUCAAGCAUAUGGUAGAUCGACACAAUCUCUACUUUGCCUAUCUCCCAACCAAACUGGAAAAGAAGAUCCAUUUUGCUGCUGUCAACCAAGCCCUGGCUGCACCCAUCCUCUGCCUCUUCUGGCUGUACUUUUUCUCCUUCCUGAGAUUAGGUUUUCAGGCGCCUACAAGUCUAUUUACCCUGCUGGCAGUGCUGCUCACCAUCGCCGUCUGCAUAGGCUACACCUGCUUCGGCUGCUUCAAGCACCUCAGCCCCCUCAAUUACAAGACAGAUGAAUCGGCAAACGACAAAGGAAGUGAAACAGACGGACGCCUCCCUCCCAGAGCUGCUAUGUAUGUGCCCAGAGUCCUGAGUAGCUUAGCCUCAGAGAGGACCUCCCUGUCCCCACAGGACCAGCAGACAUAUGGCGCCAUCCAGAACAUCAGUGGGACUGUCCCCGGACAGCACUCCCCAAAACCUUCAGGCUUUGCUCCUUCCUUGGAUGCCUGAGAUGAACCUAACCCAGAAUGAGAAGGAAUGGGGUAGAGCCCUUCAUCUGGCUUUGAGAAGAAGCUGGACAGACAGCAACUUGGUUUCCAAGCACCUCAGCUUUCUUCUUUUCUUUCAACCCAUUUCAAGCUCCAUUUUCUUAGGAUAAGAGAAGUCAGAAUGGCUCCCAAAAUCAGAAACCUAUCUGAGACAGCAGUCAAGGUCCGAACCAGUAGGAGGGGCAAGCCUGGCUUUCUGGAUUUCUGAUAGCCCCUUCUGACACGUUUUCCCCUCCAGCUCUGUCCCCUGGCAAUGCUGCCCCUAUGGUGCCAGCAUCUAGAACUCACUGUCUGCAUGCAAUGAUGAGCUUUCAUUAAGGGUUUGUUAGCAUUGUGGCCCUGGAUAAAUCAUCCAAGGGACUGGAACAGGUACUGGGAGUAAGAGAGUGGGACCAGGGAGCAUUUAGCAGACUUUUUCCAUCCUGACCCUUGCACUAAUGUGCAUAUACACAAAUAUGCAUACUCCACUUGUACAUACAGAGGCAACGGUGGCCAGGCAGGUUUCUGGAUCACAGGAAGGGGCCACUCUUUGGCCAGUCUUCCCUCCCUUCCAUGCAAGACCUUCCCAAUAGCUGCCCCAAUACCAGCAGUGAGGAACAGGAAGGUAGCUUCCAAAUCCAUCUCUUCUUGGGCUCUCAGAUCGCAUGCUGACUCCAUCCACAGUGCCAUCUUCCCCUGCCUUGUUUCUUGGGUUGGUUCCUGCACUUUCCUUUGGUUGCCUCAUGAUGGCAAUGACACUGCCAGCCAGUUCACCCAGGGCCCAUGUCAUGAAAAAAAGAUAAUUGCUCAAGAACUGAGGAUGGUGGUCCUUUAAUAAAGCAUGGAACACAGAGUGUGCGGGUUGCCAGGCCAGGUGAGAUUCUCUUUGACUCUCCCCUUUCCAUCCCACUCCUCAUCAGCUAGAGGUUUGAGUUAACAUUCAUUGGAAUGAGCAUCAGCUCUGGGUUGAGGGCCUGGCUUGAGUCCAGACUCUGUCGUUCAUUACCUUUGUGACGUGGAACAAAUCUUUCUCAGGACCUCAGUUUCCUUGAAAUCUAUAAACUGGGAUUUGGGACAAAUAACCUGUAGGGCCCCUUCCAGUUCUAAAUCGAUUCCAUGGUUGCUUGGGUGAACAAAAGGCAUCUUGCAUCUCUCCCUGGCAGCCUCCCAUCCCCUGCUUGCUCAGGGGCCUUCCCUGGUCCUUUGCCACUACAUAAGUCCAUCUGGUCUUUUGUUAGGCUUUGGUUCCAGACUCACCUUUGGCCUCUGGCAUCUGACCUUGCUCCAAAGAUUAAUUCUCAUACUCCAGGCUUGACUCUACUGCCUGGCCAGACCAAAGGGAAAAGGCUGUUCCUGGGCUUUUGUGGCUGUAGUUGAGGCAUCUAUCAACCAACCAACUUUUAUUAAGAGUCGAUUGGGGCCAGCUAGGUGUCUCACUGGAUUGAGAGCCAGGCCUGGUGAUGGGAGAUCCUGGGUUCAAGUCUAGCCUUAGAUACCUUCUAGAUUCUAGCUACCUAGAUACCUUCGAAUUGAUUCUAAGAGAAGGUAAGAGUUUUUUAAAAUCUAUUGUAUGCUAACUGCAAAGACAAAAAUGAAACCAAUUUUUUGAC